CUGGUAAGUUGAGUAACUUUCCGAACGCAGUGGUUGACGCACGCACGAGAAAUCCGAAAAUUAUACAAAAAAAGUUUAUUUUUCAAACUUUAAUGUAAAAGAAACGUCACAAAGUUAAAUAAUCAAAUCGUUAAUUAAGAAGUGUGUACUUAAAAUAUUCGGCUGUGUAAUAUUAAUUCGGAAUUGGUCGCCGUGUAGUGUUUGAAGAAACUUUGAUUUUUUGGUGUCAACAAGUUUACAUCCUUUAGUUGAAAGUUUAUGAAACAAGGCCGUGUUGAAACGAUUUUCUUCUCUAGCGAAGAUACGAAGGGAAACUGUUAUGAUAGCACAGUAUAACUCUAACAAUGGACGUGUCACGGAGCCAAUCUCACAACUUGAAUAGCUAGAAAAUAUUAUAAAAACAAACCAAUUAGCGAGCGCGUCUGUGAAAAAAUGUGACAUAACGCCAUCUAGCCGUUCUUGUAUGAACUACGUAGACAGUGAAAGUGAAAAAUAGUCAAAAUGAAGUUGAAUUUGUUUAAGCGGUCUAUGAUUUUUGCGACGUUUUUCGGUUCGUGUUUGUGUAUUGCGUUGAUAGUGGCGUCUUUGGGGACUACGCAUUGGAUCGAUGCGCGUGCCCGAAGGACAUCGAAUCCAUUGGAAUCUGAAGGGAGGAUCAGUUUCGGACUUUUCGAAGGUCGGAAAGAACUGAACCCUGCAUAUGGGUGGAGGAUUCAUGAUUUUAGUGUGAAAGCCGGUACACAUCCCGCCCGGAGAUGGGCGUGGUGCGGUACAGCCGCGUUGCUAGCGGCGUCAGUCUUGUCAGCGGGCGGCGCAUGCGUGCUAGCCGCCUUGGGAUCGGCUGCGCGGGCGCGUUGCUCCCCCAAACCUCUACUUAUCAGUAAUUCUUUAGCAGUGCUAUUCAGCCUCGGUGCAAUAGCGGUGUGGCUGACGGAAUACUUCCUGAGACUGCAGCACAACGUCAUGUCGGACGAGGACCUGGCCAACACCUGGUCUUCCGACGAUACUGCCGACCUUGGACUGUCCUUCUGGUUGGUGGUAGCAGCCAGUAUAACAGCAUUUGUCAACAAUGUCUGUGUUCUGAUAGCCAUGGCCGAUGGCCGAGACAUGGACACCAUAGCGCCCGCCUUAGAAGAGAAGGUCAAUGGGGCCAUUAUGCUGUAUUAAACCCCGUCAUUCAGAAACUGUCAUAGCCCCAGGGGCCUUAGUCUGCUAUUACAAUUGUGUCAGAAUGGUCGAUCACUGAGCAGUGCGAGAGGGACGGAACUAUGUAGGUUGUAUAGCUCCGUCCCUCUCGCACUGCUCAAUACUGGCCACGGGGCACUGGCCCCUGUAAUAUUAGUGUUUUUCCACCAGAGAUGUACGAAGAUGUAAUAGCUAAGCUGUGAAACUAUGUGACCGUUUCCACUGAUACUAAGCUAUGUAUCUGUGCGAGGAAGAUGCUCAGCUCGAGUAUGCAAUGUAUCGAUAGCAGGGAAGCCAUCCAUAGCACGCAUCUUUCCAUAUAAAAAAACAGCUUAGUGGUAAAUAAAUUAAAAAUUGAAAAUCUCACAUAAAAUAUUAAAUACAUUCCAUAUUGAGCUUUGUGUACUUAAAGCAAGGUAUAAAAUCGUUAAAAAUGCGUAUUUAACUUAGUAGUUUUAAGGUGUAAGAAGGCUGAAUGUUAGUUUAAAUUAAGUUAUGAAUAACUCCGUCCAUUAUUAUUGUAUGUUAUCAAAUUAUUGAUUAAUUAUUGUACAAACGUCUAUAUUUUUAUAAUAACUAUUGUGAAACAUACUAAAUUAACUAAAAAAUCACAGUUUACUCAAGUAAAUUAAUGGAGAAAAGCUCUACUGGUUUCGAAGUCACAGAGGGACAAUUGAGUCGAGUCUGUACACGCUGCUCAUGAUGAAGAGUUCCUCUGUGACUCGAAACUAGUAGAGCAUUUCUCCAUUAAUGUACGUGAGUAAACCGUGACUUUUUAGUUAAUUUACAAACGUCUAAUUUUAUAACUUAUUUUCUUCAUACAGUCAUCAAAUUAAAUCGAUAUUAAAUUCUAAUCCGAAGUUGAUUGUAGAUUUCUCUAAUAUUAUAUUAAAUGUUAUAAUGUAAAGAACUUUUGUUCAAAACGAAUUCCGUCCGUAGGUACUUUGUGAAAAAUCAGCACAUAUUUGUGUAAUAACCAUCGUGAAACACUAAAUUAAGAAAAAAACCCUGUUUAUUAAGGUAAAUAUUGAGAAAGGCUCUACUAGUUUCAAGUCAAAAACUCUUUCUCAUGGGCAGCGUGUGUGGGUGCGGUGACGUCACGCAUCCUACUCAGACCGCCUACAGAGUCUGUAGGAAACUAGUAUUUUGACUGGCGCAGUGGAUGAGCGACUGGUUGCCGCGCAACGUGUUGCGGGUUCGAUUGCCGCAUGAAACAACCCUUUAUGUCAUCCACAGAUUGUUGUUCCGGGUCUGGGUGUCAUGUGUAUGUGAAAUUGUAUGUUUGUAAACGCAUCCAGGAUACAGGAGAAAAUCACAAUUUGGGAAAACAUUUAAAAAAAUAUAUUGUGUGAGUAUUUUCUCAAUAUUUACGUGAGUAAACCGGCAUUUCUAAUUAAUUUAGCACAAACAACUUUAUCCUAGCUAGGUAUUUAUAUAUCUAUCAAAGUUAUAACAUUAUUUACUCAGCACAUAUUAUUCUAUGUAUAUUAGUUGUGCCAUUAGUAUAAGGAAACACCUCUUUGUAAUAGGACUAUUUUGGUGUACUUAUUUGUAUUACAAUCUUGUAUUUAAUUGUUUUUUUUAAUACAUUAAUAAAAUAGUGAUUGGUAUA